AUGGCUACUCCAUUGCCUCCAUCAACCCCCAUAGUCUCAACUUGGACGGCCCCUCCUCUUGGUAGUUUCAAGCUCAACUGUGAUGUCUCAUGGAAUCCAAGAAAUAAUCGAAGUGGUUUGGGUUUUCUAAUUCAAAAUCAUCUUAGUGAGACUCAAGUAGCUAUAUCAAUCCCUUCUAUGUUCAAUGACAUUUUAGUUGGAGAGGAAAUGGCUAUUAGGGAUGGGUUACUUGAAGCUCUUUCAGAAGGAUCCUAUACGUUGGUGGUGGGGACUGACAACCAAGAUGACAUCUUUUAUCUGCGUGAUUUCACGAAAAUUCCGACCCUUUCAAUUAGGUCAAUUGUCAUUGAUAUUAAACAUUUGAUUACUUAUUUUGACCAUGUUUCAUUUCAGUAUAUUCCAAGGGAAGCCAAUGUUGUGGUUGAUUCCCUUGCCAGGAGGGCUCUAUCUCUUACGUAUGGAAUAGUUUGCCCAAUUCCGAUCCCUGUGUUUCUAUUGCUUCAAUCUCAUAUCCCAGGAGUGUAA